UUUGUCCGAUCGAGUCAACUGCUAUGUAAGAUAGCGGUAAGAUGUAUAAGAUAUCUUACCGCUAUGUAAGAUGCGUAGUGUUUAUGGACGUCAAUCUAGCAAAGCACGUGUAGUUCGGUGACGCUAGCUAAUGGUUAUAACUGUUAUAAGCGACAUGUUUGAGGAAAGUUGUUAAGUACUUUUUUCUAAUUUAACAACUGUUGACCGUCGGUCCGAUGUAAAUAUGUCAACCUGUAAGAUACACAAUUUUAAGCUAUACAAUCUUGAGCCCAAAGCCAUCAUCUGUUUGUGUUACGAACCGAAACAUGGUCAUCUGGUUCUUUGCAGAAGCGACAACUCGAUUGAAAUAUGGAAUGUAAAAGAGGCGCCGUUCUUAGAAAGGACGAUAUUUGGUCACCCGGAAAGUUCGGUAGAGACUGUAUUAUGGGUGAGCAACAGGCUGUUCUCAACGGGCCUAGUAGGAAUGGUAAUAGAAUACGACCUGGGAAGUUUGGCGCCAAAAUACGAGGUCGCAGUGACCGGCGGAGCAGCAUGGUGCAUGGACGUGAAUAAAUCGAAAACACAGAUAGCAGUUGGGACAGAGGAUGGUUAUAUAAACACAUUCAAUGUGACAGAUGACUACCUGAUAUACGAUAAAAUAUUCGACAAACAAGAGGGUCGAAUAUUAUGCAUAAAGUGGGACAUUACGGAGCAAAUGAUAUUCACUGGGUCCAUCGAUACAGUUAGAAUAUGGAAUGCAGUUUCAGGUCACGCUGUUCACAGAAUGACGACAUCUAGGAAAGAGGCAAACAAGGAAACAAUCGUCUGGUGCCUGGCUGUGACCAAUGACAAUGUUGUUGUGUCCGGGGAUUCCAGGGGGAUUCUUUCAUUCUGGGAUCCAAACAUGGGAACGUUGAUAGAGUCUCACCAAAGUCACACUGCCGACAUUCUCGCGGUCGCUAUGAGCAGUGACAUGAACACUGUUUACUGUGCAGGUGUAGAUCCCACCGUUUGCACCUACUCAAAAAUCACUAUCAAGUCUAGCGGCAGAUGGGUAAAAGGUAUCGAAAGGCGGCUACAUGAACACGACGUCAGAGCGUUGGUAGAAUCAAACGGGAAACUCUAUUCAGCUGGCGUCGACGGGCACUUGGUACAGUCUACAUACCCACCAAAAACCAUGAUAAAGUAUCCACCCAUUUUACAGUCCCCCUGUGUCCUGAUAAGUGAAAUGUCAAGGUGCAUACUAUUGAGGUACAGCAACUACCUCGAACUAUGGAAACUUGGAUCGAUUAGUAGAAAGUCGCAGCAGAAUUUUCAACCUGGUACAAUACAUCAGCUCGAAGAAGAGCCCAUCAAUUUACUACAGCUAAGAACAAAGGCUAGUGAAAGCAUAAUAUCGUACGCCAUAACUAAAGACUCAAAAAUGAUAGCUUACUCAACAAACUCUUACAUCAGGAUUUUCAACUUUGAUGUAGUAAAUAACGACCCUGUUCUCUCACGAUACGAGACCUCAAAUUUGCCUGUGCACAAAGCGCACAAAAUGUUAUUCAGCCCUGAUAAUUCUAGGAUCGUAUUGGUCGAUGGUAGCAAGACAGAUAAUGACGAGAUAAAGAUAAUAUUUAUGAAGAAUCAGGCAGGCUCGUUAAAUUACGAAGGAACGAUACCUGUUGGAAAAGAACUAGUCGAUAAUAUUAAUCUGAUCUGUUUCUCGCCGGAUGGCGUAUACUUAAUCUGUGCUGAUUAUCAAAAUAACAUUGCCAUCUAUCACGUCGGAAAAGAUCUCAACAUUCGUGCGCCUAAGCUAUGGUUACUGCCUAGGUACAAAUGCCCACCGACCGCGAUGGCUGUACAAGAAAACACGUUGAAUCUAGUUAUUGUGUAUUCUGAUCACAAGAUCGUCGAAUACAGUAUUACAGAAAAACGCUAUACACAGUUUUCUACAAACUUAGAGGAAAAACUGCCAAAACAAUGGCUUUCCCGGGCUAUACCUAUCAGUCAUAUAACAUUUGAUCCUAGGAAUGAAAAUUUAAUAAUAAUGCACGACAACACGAUGAUCUGCGUUGUUGAUAAGGCGAAAAAUUUGCCCAAUUCAGGAGCAAAAAUUUUCAGAUUGGAUAACGGCGACUCUAUGGAUAACAGUAAUCAUGAAACGAAUUCACAUUCUCAAGGAGCUUUUCGAAUUGUCAAAAAAUAUAAGAAUUUAGUACACCUAGGUUGGUUGGUCAAUGAUGAAAUGGUAGCUGUUGAAUUAAAUCCGGUCAAAUUGACGGAAAAUUUACCACCAUCUCUUAAACAGAAGCGAUUUGGCAUGUAGAGCAUUCCUAAACACACUGAUAUCACAUGUGCGACGAUACACUGAACCAAGUAAAAUGUAAUUUUCAACUUUGA